UUGAGUCUCAAGAUUUUCGACAUUCUGUUAUUUUCCAAGCAGUAAGUUUAGCAGGGGAAUCGUGGAUGGAUACAAAAUGAGUGAACAUAGGGUACCGGUGCAAGUUCCUCCGAGACCACAUUUUUCCCGAGGAGGCGGAAGAGGACGUCAACCACCCAAGAGUUCCGGAUGUAGACCACCUCCCAAUGUUCAUAAUUCAUCUUCAGUACAGCCACCAUCUACAACGAUUGGACGACACAAAGAGCCCCGGCCUCCCAAAAUUGUGACCAACUCUCCACCUACUCCGUACGAUAGCUCUGAGCUUCUGGAGGCAUUGAAAGGGAUCCAGCAAACAGCCCAGUGCUGCUCAUGCCACAAACUAUUGGUGUCUGCCAGGAGCUGUGCCAGCGGCCAUGGCAUUUGCUCCAACUGCAGGAACAAAUGCCACAAAGUGUGUCCGCUAUGCGACUCCUUCAUUCCGAACUGCAAACCUGUCAUGCUCAACAGCAUAAUCAAAUUGCUCCCGAGAAAAUGCAACUACAGUAACAAAGGUUGUGAACACAUGGCCCUAGCUAGUGACCAGGACCACGAGAUGUUUUGUCGUUUCCGUAACGUUUCUUGCCGCUUCCCAUCUUGUGGUACAAAGUGGAUGGCCAAAGAUUUGCUUCGUCAUCUUGAGGAUACGCAUGGUAAGAAUAUUAUACGAACAGCUUCCCACAACAGCAUUAUGAUAGGUUUUGAUGCCAGUAUUGAAAGAAAAGGUUUUGCAGCUAUUGUCGCAUUCAACAAUAUUAUCUGGCAGCAUACAAAGUGUGGAAGAAAUCGGGUGCUCCAGUUGUAUCAGUACGUUCCAAUGGAAAAACCGAAAGUGAAGUUUUCGGUAAUUGUCAAUUUUUAUACCCCUGAACGUAGUUUUUCUGCCAAAACCCCUAUUCACAUUGACAAGUUUGACCCAGAGCAUUUGUUUAAAGAUAAAGAAACGUUCUGUCUACCUAAAACAUUCGCAGCUUCUUUCAGUCAGUUCUAUGCUGGAGUAAACUACAAUUUCAAAAUAAUCAAGGAGGAUUUGUAAAUCUAUAAAUGCACAAAACUGGUGAAACCUUGUGUUAGCUCUGUUAAGUCGCAAGCAGUCUCUUCAUUAUUAUCUUACAACUUUAACAUUAACAGACCAGUUAAAAAGUGCAGUCAUGUUAUCUUGCCCCUUACUCUGGCAAAAAGGUUAUGCACUAAAAAAAUAAUAUAGGCUAAUAAUAGCAUCUUGUAAGAUUGUUACCUUCGAUUUCAUGGUAUGUUUAAUAUUAAAAGGUGCAGUCAUGUUAUCUUGCCCCUUACUCUGGCAAAAAGGUUAUGCACUAAAAAAAAUAAUAUAGGCUAAUAAUAGCAUCUUGUAAGAUUGUUACCUUCGAUUUCAUGGUAUGGUUAAUAUUAAAAGGUGCAGUCAUGUUAUCUUGCCCCUUACUCUGGCAAAAAAGUUAUGCAGUAAAAAACUAGGUAUAGGGUAAUAUUGUAA